GCGAUCCUCGCUGGUUUAAUAGAAUAUAGAUGCGAAACGUAUUGUGAACCAGGCUGUAUAAAUUAUGAACUAGGUUGUAAAGAAAGCACAUAGUGUCCUUUCGUCUAGUGAAAAAGCACUAAAGGGGAAGGUGCCCCUACAAUCGGGUCAAAGAGUCCAUUCGGCAAUUUUCGGUUUACACCGUGAACAGUCGUGAGCGCGCGACAAGUUUGUACUGUGGAUUUACGUACAUAGCCUAUAUUGUGGAAACUUCUUUGUCAGAAUGCUCCAAAAAGCAAGAGUUUAUGGCAUUUCAGACCGUCAUAAACCGGGAAUUUCCGUACUUACCUGGCAGGUAUCAGGUAGGUACGGAGUGCACUGUGGCUUGGUCAUUUCUGUUGGAAACGUACAACCGUGAGCAUUUUUUAAAUAUCAGCAUGAGUGCUCCAAAACGAAGUGGAGUUUCAUGCUCUUACAAAAAUUGUACAGCAAGAUUCAAUCGAGGAGGGAAAGUACAUUUUUUUAGAUUUCCUAAGAAUGGAGACUUAUGCAAGCUCUGGCUUCAGGCAUGUGGUAGAGAAGAUCUUCCGUCUUCGGAAUAUCAACACUACCACAAGACCCGCAGAGUAUGUAGUAUCCAUUUCGAAAAUAGAAUGUACAUGGGUCCUUCCAAGUCCAGCUUAUUACCAACAGCAGUUCCAAAGCAGAUUGAGUCUGAUACAAAUAUUCAAGAAGAGAACGGUAAUAAUCCUGAGUUUCAGCCUCCAACAAAAAUUCGUGUCGUAGACAUAGCAGCAAUUUCAGGUCCAUCUCAUCAGGGAAACAUUACAUCAAUCGGCUUUGAUGCAAGUGUUCAGACGCAUAAGUAAUAAUAUGCAUAAGUGGGAAAGGUGAGCAGAGGCCCAUGAAGAGUGUGAGAAUUUAGUGAGGGAUAUAAAAUAAUUAAGGCUUAUACAAUUUUAGUGUAUUAUUUUAUUUUACAAUGUACAUAAUUUAAUUGGUCACUUAUGCCACGAAUGCGUUUAGGAAAAUCACAUACGCAACAUGCACUUUCACACAAUCACCCUACGAAGAAAAAAUUGAACGUUGUACAAAAAUAAUGGCAGAAGAUAGGAAAGGAGUUGAUAAAAUUAAAGUGUGUAGCUUCAAAUGUGACCCAUGGGUAAUUGAUCUCCAUCGCAGCCGUUUCCAUCUUUUAUAUUGGACUCGUGCGAAGAUUCUUCUUCUAAUUCCCAAUGGACUUCGUCGUCGAACUUCUGUUCCUCGGAUAUUGAGCCGCAGACCGAUAUGCGCAUGAUUAAACCUAAGCAAGUAAUUGUAUUUUUAUAAAUUAAGAAACAUAAAUAAAGAACUUUAAAUU